UAGUAGGAGUAGUUCCUGUCGUUUGCUUCAGAUCCCAGCAGCUGUUGGUGGUAUAAAGCGGUUGCUAUGCGCUGCGGAGCGGGAUACUUGAAAUUAUGGACCCCGUCGCCGCAGAGUCUUGAAACUGAGCUCUUGGAUGCUUGCUCUAAAUUUUGAAAGUCUCAAAUUUAGCUUGAGGAAGUUUAAAUACACCAAAGUCAGACCUAAUGUGACAAUUGCCUUGCUUUUAGCUUGCUAGCUAGCACCAAUUUUGUAGAUUGCUGGUUUUUAUGCCCUUGAACUCGAACACCUUAGCUCGAGUUAGCCGUUAGCUAAUCCCUAAUCUCUGCUAAUAUUCAGGCUAGACUAGACAGUUAACCAGCUAAAUCUAAGGACUCGUCCACUCAAAUGAGAAAGUCAGAAUGCCUCCCAGAAAGCAGAAGAAACCAACAAUUAACAUCUCCAGUUCCUUGGAUCUGGAGUCUGAGGAUCUCAGUCUCGAGACCACUGUUCCAACCGAGGACAUCUCUUCAUCCGACGAACGGGACGGGACGCAGAAAGUCACCCGUCAGCUGAUCGAGAGAAAGGAGCUCCUACACAAUCUUCAGUUGUGUAAGAUAGAGUUGUCCCAGAAAACCCUCAUCAUCGACAAUCUGAAAGUGGACCACUUGACAAAAAUCGAGGAGCUGGAGGAGAGGCUGAAUGACGCUCUGCAUCAGAAGCAGGUGCUGGCCCUGCGCCUGGACAGCCAGCUGAAGCUGACCCAGGAUGACGGCAGGAAGCAGGCAGCCCUGCGUAAGCAGGAGAUGGAAGCGAUCCUGUUUCGUCAGAAGCAGCUGGAGGAGACUAACCGGCAGCUGUGUGAGAAGGCAGGGGCCCUGAGGCGUAGCCUGAGAGACCUGGAGCUCAGCCAGGAGAGGUACCUGGAGCUCAGAGAUCUCCCUGAGGACAAGCUCUCCAUCCCAGAAUAUGUUGCGGUGCGUUUCCACGAGGUGGUGACCCCUCUCCGAGCACAGCUGACUGAGCUACAUAUGAAAAAGAACAGUCUGACAGAUGACCUGGACACACACAGGACACAGAUGAAGGCUCUGAUGGAGAGCUACGAGGAGGAGCGCAGGAUGCGCUCGGAGCUUGAGAUCCGUAGUCAGAGGCUGACCCUGGAGCUGGCUGACACCAAACAGCUGAUCCAAGAUGGAGACUACCGUCGAGAUAACUACAGCACUGUCAAACGAGAGAGGGAUGCGUUUGAGGCGGAGGUGAAGGAGCUGAGGAAGAGGCAGGAGACCCUGGAGCUGACCCACACAGCCCAGACCAGGGAGAGGAACGAGCUCAGCAAGGAGGUGGCGACAUUGCAACAGUCUGUGACGUUGCUCCAGAAGGACAAGGACUACCUGCACAGGCAGAACAUGGAGCUGAACGUGCGCUGCGCCCACGAAGAAGACCGCCUGGAGCGGCUGCAGGUCCAGCUGGAGGACACCAAGAAGGCCCGGGAGGAGGCCUACGAGAGAUACCUGGCCUCCAGAGAUCACUACAAGACGGAGUACGAGGACAGACUGAGGGAUGAGCUGGAGAACAUCCGCAUGAAGACCGGCCAGGAGAUAGACAACCUGCAGAGGACCUCCAAGGAGAUGUAUGAGAGAGAAAACAGGAACCUGAGAGAGACGCGGGACAACGCUGUGAUGGAGAAGGACCGGGCCGUGAGCGCCGAGAGAGACGCCCAGGCCAGAUAUGACCAGCUGCUGGAACAGUUCCGCCAGGUGCAGUUGGGAGUGGACAGCCGAGUGGCCGAACUUCUCAACCAGGUCAAACUGAAGUCCUUCGAGUCGGAGCGUGCUCACAUGGUGCAGGAGGAGACAGGCCGGUCCCUGGGCCAGUGCCAGAUGGAGUGUGAGAAACACCAGAAGAAGUUGGAGGUUCUGACCAAGGAGUUCUACGGGCUGCAGACGUCUUCAGAGAAGAGGAUCGCGGAACUCCAGGCCCAGAACUCUGAAUACCAGGCCCGUCUGGAGACCUACGAGAAGCUGGAGAAGGAGUUGGAUGACGUCACCAUGCAGGCUGCUGAAAUUGAGAACGAAGACGAGGCCGAGAGGGUUCUCUUCUCCUACGGUUACGGGGCGAACGUGCCCACGACUGCUAAAAGACGACUGAGGCAGAGCGUUCACCUGGCUCGUCGUGUGCUCCAGCUGGAGAAGCAGAACACCCUGCUGAGAAGAGACCUGGACAGACGCAGUACCCAGACAGGAGAGAUCUCUGACCAGUUGGAAGCGGCUAACCAGCUCCUGCAGCAGACCCAGCAGCCGUACAGCUACCUGAUAGAAACAGUCCGUCAGAGAGACACCCACAUCCUGACGCUCAAGGAACGCAUCGCUCAGCUGGAGGAGGAUGUCAGGUCACUGAAGAAGGAGAGGACCACCCUGCAGCAGGUGAAAAACAAUAUGGCCGCUGACCUGGAGAAACUGCUCAACCACAGAGAGGUACUGGUGACACCAUGGCCCAGGAGAGAGGGGGAUACGGGGGGAGAGGAGAGAUGGAAGUGGAGAGAAGGAGGAAAAGGAGAGGGAGGAGGAGGAGAGGGCGGUCAUUCUCUGGGUGUGUUAACCUUUCAAUUGUCCCCGUCCGUGUUCUGUACCACUCUGUCACGCUAGCUGGCAGGCUGCGUCCCUGUUUGAACACGCCUCCACUCCACAUACUUGGUAUGCACAGUCACACACACACUCACAGCCUUCUGCGUGCUCAGGUAGAUGCCUCUGCUAUAAGGAAUAGCCGUCGGGCAUCGCUGAACUUUUCUUUUGUAGUGGGUAGUCGUCAGGUGGUUCAGUGCCCAACUGAAAUACUCUGUGAACACACUUCCACCCGCUCUCACAAGUCCACACGACUUGAUUGUGGUGACAGUUGACAAGCAUAGUUGAGGCUCGUAGGCCUCCAGCUACU